UAUGAUGCCACGGCUUCGGUGGAGCAGGCCGUUGUCGAUGCGCUGUGGGAACAAGGAUUUCUUGGACCAUUCAUCCCGACAGAGUACGGUGGGUUGGGGCUUUCCAACUCACAGUCCGUUCGUCUGUCGGAAAUUUCGGGAAGUUACGAUCUGGGCAUGUGCAUCUACAGCGGUGCACAUCAAACGAUCGGCACCAAGGGUAUCCUAAUGUACGGCACCAAGGAGCAGAAGGAAAAAUAUCUUCCCCAGUUAAGCACUGGGCGUGUAUUCGGUGCAUUCGCGCUAACAGAACCCGGCACCGGAUCCGAUGCAGCCUCCGUAAAAACGAAAGCCGUCCUCAGCGCGUGUGGCAAAUAUUACAUCCUGAACGGUGCGAAACUCUGGUGUUCGGGUGGUGGCAUCGCAAACAUCUUCACCACCUUCGCCCAAACGGAAAUGGUUGAUCCGAAGACGGGUGAAAAGAAGAGCAAGAUGAGCGCCUUCAUAGUGGAGCGUAACUUUGACGGUGUUAGUACAGGCCCUCCGGAGGAAAAGAUGGGCAUCAAGUGUUCGGUAACGACGGAAGUGCUGUUCGACGAUGUGAAGGUGCCGGUAGAGAAUUUAUUGGGCGAACCGGGCAACGGGUUUAAGAUUGCGGUGAACAUACUUAACUCGGGCCGGUUCGGCCUCGGCGCGAUGCUGUCCGGUACGAUGAAAACGUGCGUGGAAAAGGCGGCCGACCAUGUGACCAGUCGCGUUCAGUUCAAGCGCAAGCUGGUUGAGUUUGAAAACGUGCAGGAAAAGCUGGCGAUGAUGGCGACCUACCACUACGUGGCACAGAGCAUAACGUACAUGGUGGCGGGUAACAUGGACAGAGGAUCGGUGGACUUUCAUCUGGAGGCGGCUGUUAGCAAGGUGUUCUGUACCGAGGCGGCUUGGUACGUGUGUGAUGAAGCGAUCCAGCUGCUGGGUGGCAAUGGAUUCAUGAAAUCGAGUGGCCUGGAACGGUUCCUGCGUGACAUGCGUAUAUUCCGUAUCUUCGAAGGAGCGAACGAUGUUUUGCGGAUGUUUAUCGCUUUGACGGGCAUUCAAAAGGCGGGAAAUGAUUUGCGUGGUUUGCAGAAAGCGCUAAAGAAUCCGCUCGGAAAUAUUGGAGCGAUCCUCGGCGAGGGAACAAAGCGAGUGGGGCGUAGUGUUGGUGUUGGCGGUACGGAUUUAAGUCCCUUCGUUGUCAGUGAGCUACGGAAUGCAGCCAAACAGUGUGCUGAGUCCAUGGACGCAUUCAGCCAAACCAUCGAAUCUCUGCUCAUGAAGCACGGUAAAGCAAUCGUCGAUCGGCAAUUCCAACUCGCGCGAGUUGCAGACAGUGCGAUCGACAUUUACACCAUGGCUGUAGUACUAUCUCGAGCAUCCCGAGCCUCCCGAAAGGGACUACCAUCCGCCGGGAACGAGCUACUAAUGGCACAGAUCUGGUGCCAGGAAGCGACGGCCCGCGUCCAGCGCAAUAUCGAUCGAAUUCAUUCCGGCACGUACAAGGAACACUAUCAAAAGAUGGCACAGGUCGCCCGGAACGUUUCGGAACGCCGCGGUCUAGCGCACACUAAUCCGCUCGAGAUUGAUUAA